CUCUAGUGGUAACAAAGCUGAUGCCUUUUUCUCAAGCUCCUUCAAGUGGUGCUAACUUGCUUGACAUGCUUUCUGAGUUAUCAGUUCCUGCAUCUAUUAACAACCCACAAAUGUCACUUUUUGGCACAAAUCCUCAUCCUCCUCCUCCUCCUCCUCCUCCUGCUGGUGGUGCACCACCAUCGGUGUUUGUCCCUGGUGGUGGUAAUAAUGGCGUGUGGUUAAUUUGUAUGAUGAUGAUGGUCCGGUGGUGGGAUUUUCAGGUUGGUUGAAUUAUUGGGGGUGCGAGGCGAGGCUGGCUGGCCGGUGAUGAUGGUGUUGCGACAGGGGAGAUGGAGAUGAAGGACCGAUUAGUGGUGUAGAGAUGGAGAAAGGGUGGUGUUAAGGUGUUCGGUUGGGAGGAGAAGCGUAUUCAAUUUAGGUAUUAGCCGUACUUAAUCAAAAUGGGGGCGUAUUUUAUUUAGUUAUUUCAUUUUGUUUCUAGUACAUCUCCUUAACCGUAUUAGAUGCUGAAAUUGUGCGUAUUAUAUUUAUUUAUCCCUUUAUAAUACGGUUUUUAUUUACAACCGUAUUAGAUGGGGGUGUACUCUAUAGCUAAUUUUCCAGUAGUGUACCUAUAGAAACAAAAGACAUAUAAAAAUAUGAGGCUGAAUUGUCAUUAAUGUGUUUUUGG